AUGUCAUUGGACGAACAACUCCUGAGGAUGAGAGCAAUUAAGUUGUUAAAGGGUAUACUCGUUAUGGGUAAAGAAUACACCCAAGAAGAUAUCCUUACUCGAGAGCAAAACUUUCGUGUAUUCCUCAAUGGAAUCAAGUUCUGGAACCCAACGAAAUCGCAACUUGAGCUUCAAGCAUUCAAGAAUGAAUGUGUCGCCGCUUAUGUGGGAAACAAGAACUGUUCUGACCCGGAUGCCUUUAUUCCUUCGAGGGCACGAAUCCAAAGAAUCAUCGAUGACAGAAGGAAGCUGGACAGCAAUCCUAACGCUUCUAUAGAAAAGCCAGAAAGCUUUCCUGGACCAGCACCCACGUGGAAACACAGGGUACGCAACAACUACCGUGUUGACGGUCAAAGCGUCUCGGUGAAGUGCGGAGAAAGUUGGGAGGAGCUGACUCCAUUCGAGGAGUGUUUCGCCCUGUUCAUCGAAUGCCAUAUUCCAAGGGAAAAAGACGCGCGACAUAGAGGGAGAGACACUACCUAUGGAAUCAUAUCGGCGGGGGAACAAGGACUGGGCUUCCAAAGCACAAAAAGGAAGGCUGGAGCAAACCCACAGCUUCUUUUAGCCCCUGUUCCGCCCGCCCUUGUUCCGCCCGCCCUUGUUCCGCCCGCCCUUGUUCCGCCCGCCCUUGUUCCGCCCGCCCCCGCUGCGUUUGGCCCGGUUCCUAACAUCCCGGUUCCUGACGUUCCGUCUCCUCAACAUGAGGACCGUUACGAUCGGGUCCCUCAGGUUCAAGUUCAGGGUCCUUACGCAGCGGCUCCACUCAACCCGCCUCCUUUCGACCAGCCUCCCUUUCACCCCGCCAAUCCCGACCCCGCUUCGACCAGUGCUUUUGUAGCAUUGGCGAACUGGGAUGAAUUCUUUGGCGCACCAGACACCAGCUUCUCUUAA